AUGCAGUGCACGGAAAAGUUGGAACUGGCAGAUGUCCCAUGUGGUCAUGGGGAAAGCGGAACGCGAACGGCCCGAAUCGUUGGAGGUCAAAAUGCGAUACCAAAAGAAUUUCCUUGGUUGGUCAGCAUUACCAGAAAGGGUGGCCAUUUUUGCGGCGGUACUAUACUCAAUUCAAGAUACAUUCUCACCGCUGCUCACUGUUUAUGCUCAGGUACAUCGACAAUUCCGAUACGUCAAUUACGAGUGACUCUUGGCGAGUAUGACUUGAAAGGCCCGGAAACGCCAGCGGCUAGUGAGGAAAGUGUCAUUAACGCGGUGGUGCAUCCCGGUCACAGGUGUGGCCGAUACGUCGACGAUAUCGCCCUGUUAGAACUGGCGAGGCCGAUUACCUGGUCGGAAAGCGUGAAACCCGCCUGUUUGCCCGCGGCAUCGGGAAACCCAGGAUACAGAGCUUUCGGUGGUGAGAAUGCAGUAGCUGCUGGUUGGGGUUGGCUUGGCGAAGACAGAUCUAGAUACAAAAGAGCAGACGUGAUGCAGAAAGUAAACGUUCGAGUAGUGGAGAACAGUGUUUGCAGAGAAUGGUACGCCAGUCAAGGAAAAUCUACACGCGUGGAAUCGCAACAAAUGUGCGCUGGGCAUGAGGAGGGUGGUCGAGACUCUUGUUGGGCUGACAGUGGUGGUCCUCUUAUGAUCGUAAGUAAUCCUAAUAGAAGAACAAUAGUCAUUGGUAUAGUUUCCUCUGGAGUGGGUUGUGCUCGACCACGUCUACCUGGUCUUUAUACAAGAAUCUCCGAAUAUAUAUCUUGGAUCACGCAACAAAUCACAUUUCAUUGAUUGAAAUUAAUUAGAUCAUUGACGAAUCUAUUUGAUUCUUUGAAC